AUGCGUGGAAAAGAGUACAUCAGGGAGAAUCUCCUGACGAUUCUCAUGGUCGUGGGCGUCGUGCUGGGCAUCGUCAUUGGUAUCGUCCUGCACACUACGAGUUCCGGCGCGUGGUCGUCCAGGAACGUGAUGUACAUGCAGUAUUUGGGGGAUCUGUUCCUCCAAAUGCUGCGCGGACUGGUGCUGCCGCUCAUCAUCUCGUCUCUCGUGGCGGCGGUCAGCAGCAUGGACAUGUCCAUGUCCGGCCGAAUAGGAGGCCUGGCGGUCGCCUACUACAUGCUGACGACGAUCCUGGCCAUUAUUCUAGGCAUUAUUCUGGCCAUCACGAUCAAACCAGGAGUGAAUCACAGUGUCGAAGAUGGCGGCGAAGAGAUUGUGGGUCGAAACACAACGACGGCCGACACUCUCUUGGACUUAGUCCGGAAUCUCUUCCCACCAAACUACAUUCAGGCUUGUCUUCAGCAAUAUCAAACACAUUUGAUUCCACCGUCUGAAGACAACACUGAAGCAUUGGCAGACAUUAAUCUGUGGAAAUUGAAAGGAGUUUUUGUUGACAGCACAAAUAUUCUGGGGCUCGUCGUAGCAUCCAUUGUUUUCGGCAUCGCUCUCAGUUCGCCAGUCGGAGUGCUCUUUCUGAUCUGCGCCAAAUUCAUUGAAGCCGAGAACCUCACCGUUUUCACUAGUCUUGGCAUCUUUUUCGUAACAGUACUUGGUGGUGUUCUAUUUCACGGAUUCGCUGUUCUUCCGCUGAUUUACUACAUUCUGACUAGGAAGAAUCCUUACAUCUUGAUUCGGCACAUGGGACAAGCUAUGGCCACAGGUUUUGGUACAUCCUCCAGCACAGUGACAAUACCCGUGACAAUGCGGUGCCUCGAAGAGAAUCACGGAAUCGAUCCUCGCGUUACGCGAUUUAUGGUUCCGAUUGGCGCUGCAAUCAACAUGGAUGGAACUGCUCUUUAUGAGGCUGUGGCCGUUAUCUUUAUUGCUCAAAUGCGAAGUAUACCUCUCUCUUUUGUUGAUAUUUUGAUCAUCAGUCUCGCAGCCACUGCGGCUAGUAUCGGAACCGCCAGCAUUCCUCAGGCAGGAAUCGUGGCUUUGGUGAUGGUCUUGGAUGUUGUAGGAUUACCAGCCGAGGACAUUGGCCUCAUUCUGACAGUGGACUGGCUGCUUGGUCGUUUCCGCACUGUGACAAACAUCCUCGGAGAUGUAUUUGGAGUGGGCAUUAUUACCGAAUUCAGUAAGAACUUUUUGAAAAAGCUCGACACUCAAGAAGCAUGCGACAAUACUGAGCAUAUCUCAUCUUAACUACACAUUUAA